AGCGGGGCCCCCUGGGUUGUUCACUUGCCAGGCCCACGCAAUUGCCUUUAACUAAACGUCUAAGUUUUUACUUUCACUUUCUGUAAUCUACGCCAUAGAGAACAAACAGGGUACGCCUGGCCCGCGGGCAGUCUUCUCCGCUGAGAGGGACGUGGCUAGGCUGAGAGCCAGAGAGAUGGGAAAACGAGGCUGCUUGAAGUUUCCUGGAAGAUCUUUGUCAAAGAACAAAAAAAGAUAGGAUGUGUACUCUGGAGCUGGGAACUUGACAAGACUGAGUCCCACAGAGAUGGUAAAACGAGGCUGUGUGAUGAUGUUCAGCAUGAUCAUGAUUACUCAGCUCAUCCCCUGCACAGAGGCGCUGGAGUGUAGGACUGGGGAGUAUGAGUUGGAUGGGCAGUGCUGCCCCACCUGCCCACCAGGUUACAGGGUGGAUGAGAUAUGCCAUACAAUGAGAGGCACCAUGUGCGUUCCUUGUGAUCCCAGGACCUACACAGCACACCCCAGUGUCCUGAAGAAGUGUCUCCCAUGUAAAGUCUGUGACCUUGAAUUUGGCUUGGUGACCAGAAGGGAAUGUUCAUCUACAUCAAACACUGUGUGUAGCUGUUCUCCAGGCUAUUUCUGUGCUGAUGUGAAAAAUGAUCACUGUGAGAUGUGUGUGGCUCACAGAGUCUGCAGCCCUGGUCAAUACAUAAAGUCUAGAGGCACGGAGAGAAACAACACCAUCUGUGAAAAAUGCCCAGCAGGGACAUUUUCCCUCAAUGGAACCCUUCACCAGUGUCUGCCAUGGACUAACUGUAGUGCCCAGGGUUUAUCUGAAGAAAAUCCAGGCACCUACACCACGGAUGCAGUGUGCUCAUCCCACUCUCCACAUACAUAUAUCACUACUGUCAUCAGUGUAAUCUCUACCAUCAUUGUCAUUAUUAUUGCUGUGAUGCUGUGUUAUUUUAUAAAGAAAAAGAAGCCAUCAGCUUACAAGGUAGCAAGAAGGGCUAAAGCAUUUGAACCUGGAGAGAUCUGUCACCCCCUUGAAGCUGAUGGGUCAGUCACCAACAUUCCUGUUCAGGAGACUAGGCAACAAGUAGAAUCAGCUCCACAAAAGGAAAGAAUGCCCAAGAGUCAAGAUAGUCGGGAACCUUGAUUAUGAUGGUAGAACCUCCAGGCCAAGACAUUGGCCUGUCAUUGUAACAAAACUCAUCCCCAGCAGUGGCGGCCAUCUCCUGCUUGCACCUCCUCUAAAUUUUGCAGCCAAAAGCAUUCUAGAUGGCAAAUGAUGUUUAAGGGAAGGCAAAAGUUUCACCGCCAACAUACACUUCUGAUGUCCUGUCCCAGAACAGAGCCCUGAGCCCAUAGAUGGUAAGUGGUUUGGACAACUGGUCAGGAGGAGAUUACAGAGUUCUUUUUGCUAGCACUGAGAGCAGGACUAUGUUGCAUUGCCUAUGUGGUUCUGGGAAGAAAUCCUAGGACAAGAAAGCGAUGUCCCACUAGGGUGUGUAGCUGCAGGGAGAUACACUAUUGGUGGAGUUGUGAACUGAUCCUACCACUCUGGAGAGCAAUUUGGAACUAUGCCCAAAGGGCAAUAAAAUUGUACAUACCCUUUGACCCAGCAAUGCCACUACCAAGAAAAGGACCUAUAUGUACAAAACAUUUACAGAAGCUCUUUCUGAGCUGGAGAAGAAUUGGAAAAGGAGGGCAUAUCCAUCAACUGGGAGGGUGCUUGAACAAGUUGUGGUAUAUAAUGAUGAGGGGUUAUUAUUUUGCUAUAAAAAAUGAUGAGCAGACAGAUUUCAGAAAAACUUUGAAAGACUUACAUGAACUAAUGCAAAGUGAAGAGAGAAGAACCAGAAGAACAUUGUACACAGUAACAGCAAUAUUGUAAAAUGAUGAAUUAUGAAUUGACUUUGCUAUUUUCAGCAAUACAGUGAUCCAGGGAAAUUCCAAAAGACUUAUGAUGGGAAUAUCCAUCUAGGACUGGAGUUUGAAUUAUCAUCAAAACCUGGAGUUUUUUUACUUAUUUUUUUUGUUUUAUAAGAAAAUAUAUUUUCCUAUAAGGAAAUAUUUUUUUCUAAUUACAAAUGUAUAAGCUUUGUCAAAUUAUUUGUAUUACAUUUAAAAAGAUUUUAGAGAAACCAUUUUGGGGUAAUUUAAUCAUUUUAUUAAUAAGGCCAGUAAGUUACUAAAAAAAGGAUGAUCAUUUGAAUGUCUCUCUCAGAGCAAAGACCACUAAUGAAGGUGGGGUCAGAGUUUAUAUGCCCUUGGAAAAGGAGUUGUUUCUGAGGGAUACCUAAUCACCUUUGAAUGCUUAAUUAAAUGGGAAGUGGGCUAUCUUGGGGUACGUGAUGUGAGAAAAUAAUUAUUAAUAAUGGAUUUCUUAGGUGACUCGGAGAUCACAUUCUCAGUCCUUUAUUCUCCCCACUCCAGAAAAUCCAGUUCUCCUUGAGAAACUUCAUCAAAUCUUGUCUGGGACAAAUCCAAGGGAACAAAAGGAACAGAGAUAGAUUAUUUUUUCUAGAUUAGUGAAGGACUGAUGGGAUCAAACCACAUCUAGAUAAUGGACUUUGCCUUAAGUCACUUGAGUGAGGAUCUUUUGCAUUCUUUCCCCUGAUGUCAUCUCUAGAGUUCAUUUUUUUUUCUUUUUUUGAUGAGCCAAUUGGGGUUAAGUGACUACACACAGCUAGUACGUGUCAAG